GAGACCAUCCUACAACCUCGUUUCUUCUCAGUCAGUUCCUCAUGCUUCGCUUACUUUAUGUCUAUCUCUCUCUCUCUCUUUAUCUUCUUUUUCUUUUCGAUCACUCAAAUCGUGUUUCUCGUCUCGCCAUGCUCGUUUUCUUCAAACCCAAACCCUACCCAUUCAUCUCUCUUCGUUUCUGUGACCCUUUCUGUUCCUCUGAAGCUUCGAGAUUUCUCUCACUCUGCCGUUUCUUUCCUUCAUCAACUCUUUGCGUUUCAUCUUUUCAUCGCUGUUCUUGUUGUUUUUCCCAUAAAUUUACCAUCUUUUGCGUACCCACAUGCAGGUUUUGUGGUUCUUAAUAACUAAUUUUGUUUGUGUAUGUCAUAGGGUACUGCACCUGGUCAUUUUAUGGAGUUUUUCUUCGUCAUCUUACGUGUGCCGUUCCUGUGAUCAUAGGCAUGAACUGAAGUUCCAGAAUUUGUGGUUGGAUAUUAAUUCAGAGAGUGUAGUUUUGGGAUCCACAUGCAAAGUUGCAGUCUUUCCAGGUGAGUGAUGUCUCAGCACCAAAAUCAAAAUCAAAACCAAAACCUACCUGUGGUUCCGCAAUCUGGAGCUGCUGUUAAACCCUUCUCAAUAAGACAGUAUGUUCUUGCUUCUCGUCACAGAAACAUCUCUCAAAACUGGCCUUUCGAAGAGAAGCACUUUCAAUUGUGUCUUAAAAUUGGUGUCAAGUUAGAAGAUCUUUUGCCACUGAUUGAACCAGGCAAAACUUCACAGGAAAAUCCAGUCAAAGGUUGCUCCAAAAUGCACUCUUCAAAUGAUGAUAACAGCAAAGAAACUGAUUCUUGCAAUGCUGAAGAGCCGCAAGACAUUGAUGAUCAGUGUAACUUGAAAGUCAUCAACCAGUUUAAACGCAGAAGGCGUAAAGGGAAAUGUAAGAAACGUUCGAUGGUGGAUAUUUUAGCGGUGGCACGGUACAGUACUUCAGAGGAGAUUCAUGAGAUGAACAAGUUUUGUGAUGCUGAAACUGUGAUUGAAGAAUGUCAACAUGAUUCCAUGGCUGAAGCAGUUGGUGAGGAUUCAUGCAGAAAAGGUGGAAGUGAAGAUCAUGUCAUCAUGUAGUGCAGCUAACGUUAUAUAGCAUCAAAGGUUCAUUGGUUCUUAAAUUUAAGCUCAUAACUGCAUAAAUACUGCAAUGUAAUGAGGAAUUAAUGGAACAUAAAUACUGCAUAACUG